UAUGGUACUCGCCAUCAAAAAGCAAAUAUUUAAGGAUAAGUGGGGAGUCUGCAACUUACUUGUGAAUAUUCUAAGAAUAUGGAUAAUUGAUGAAUAUAGCGCUAGUAAAGCGGAAAGAGAGAACAUGGCACUACUACCAAGCCAAAGUUCAAAAGCCUUAACUCAAUUAUAUUUUAGUAGCGGUCAUAAAUUUUAUCUUAAACAUCCCUACCAAAGGGACAUCUUCUAUGAAGAUAGCGAUUUACGAGAUGCAUAUCAUAUAAACUAUGAAGAAGGCUACAUAGAUAUAGAUUGCUCCAAACUUAAAUUAAAUUUACCAACAUUAACAGCAUUCAGAUUUGCAAUUAUGCUAGAUGGCUUUAAUACUUACAUUGAUGACGCAAAAGUAAGAGACACGUUUGUUCUAAUUGAGCCUUUUAACCCGAAUCCAUUCUUUGAAAGUAGAGAGAUUAGAGAUAUCGUUCCUGAUAUCGUCCAUGGAGGAGCUAUUGUUGCUUUGGAAGACCAUACAGGAAUACUAAAAGUUUACCUUUGGAACUAUUUAACUGAUAAUUUAGAAAUACUCCUAAGCGUAAUUCAUAGUGUCGAUCGAAACGAUGAUUUAUUCCUUAGUAUCUUACCUUCAAUCGAGAGAGAGUUUUUAAUUUGGCAAUCGUCACAAGUUUUAUAUAGCAGAGAAAAUGAAAAUUACUUUGGAAAAGUUAAGAAUAUACAUUCCGACACUCCUUGCUACUUGUCUUACGUAAAAUCUGUGAAAUCAAAUGACUUAGGAUGCGUAAAAUUGGAUCCUCUUUUUCAUAAAACGGCUAAUCUGAUGCUCUAUAGUUUGCUUGAUAGAUUUUAUGUCGUCGAAAGAGAUAGUUUUGAAAACAUAAACAGAAAUUUAAUACCUCUACAUGCAGAAAUGACAUCUGCUAUAUAUCAUCUAAAAGGAAGAUUACAAGAUGUUGAUUGUCCUUACGAAAGUCUUAAAUUUAAUGUCCUUGAAUAUUCGAAUAGAUUAGACUUAGCGGGAGAAAUAAGACUAUGGUCUGAAAUUAUACAUAAGCAGUCUAAAUUUAACAACUUACUAGUUAAAAUAAGAGGGAGAGAGGAAGGCGUUACCAUAGAAACUAAACACUCAAUGAAAAUAAUGGAUAAUAUGAUAAUAAAAUCAGUAAAUGUCUCAUUUAGAUAUCAUCAUAAAUAUAGAGAAGGUGGCCUUUUAACAAUAGGUAUCAAACCUUUCGAAACUACUGGCUUUUGUAGUGGCCCUAAUCAGAUAAUUUUAGCCACUACCAUUCCAUCUUGUAAAAAGCAGCAUCUGAAAAUAAAACGAAAUACAGUUUGUAAUCAAUUUCUGAAUAUGACAUAUAGCCUACCAAAUGGAACCAGCAAACAAUAUAACUUUAAAAGAUUUGGUUGUCCUAUAAUAGUAAAAAAUUAUCAGUCAUUAAAUUUAAUUCUUGAGUUGUGGGACCAUGAAAAGUUCAUAAAAGAAGUUGAAGCUGAUUAUAUAAUAUAUGAAUUAAAUGAUAGAAAUGAUUUCAAAUAUUCUUAUACAGAAAAGACAGCAGGAUGUAAAAGCAAAGCUCAAACUUGGUCUGAAAUGAUAAAAACCUCUUACAACGUUAAGAAUAAGUCAAAAAUAUGGAAAUUUAAGAAUUAUCGAAAAUGCUUUUCAGACGAGCCAAGUUUAGAAUUAGAAUUGCCAACUGAUAGGAAAUAUGAAAUAUUAAACAAAUCUCAUAAUUCCGUAACAUUUAAUGUAAAAAAAAACACUCUAUUCACUUUCAAAGUUUUUAUUAUCGAUACAAAUUAUUCAAUUUGUAAUUUAAAUGAUGAUAUUGCCGUAUGGGUUUGCUGCUUCCCACAGGAGAUUGAUUCAACAGUUUCAAUCAUUGAAGGAGCACGAUUCUCAUCACCUCAGGGAAAUUUAAUAAAUUGUUCUUGCCCCGAACAGGGUGUUUGGUAUAUAAACGAUCGUGCUAAAGUGUGUUCAAGAUUUUGCGAGAAAAUUUACGAAGAAUGCUCUCAAGCUGAAUUUCAAAGGCAUAGUAUUGGUCAGAAAUAUCAAACAGGAGCCGAGUUUUGUCUAGGGCAAAGUACUGGAUCGCAAACAGCUGAUGUUCUUGAUAUGGAAUAUUUCUAUUGUAAAGUGUGCCAAAAAAACACCGAAAACAAAGGUCAUGUUUACACAAAGAAGCAUAAAAUUUCUGUGAAAAAAGCUUUGGAAAAAUUUAUGACUAAGAUUAAAGAUGCAAAAAAUCAUAUGGAAAAACCUAACAUUGCUGACGUUAUGAGUAAUGGAAAUGAAGUAAAUAAAAAAAUCUGGUGUGUUUUAUGUUGGAAAGAUGUAGAGAAGAAUGAAAUAAAUGACAGAUUCAUUAUAUAUAAUCAAAAAUUUAUUGAACAUUUAAACUCAGAUUCGCAUAUGAAAGAAACAUUAUCAUUUUGGCGUGAGAAUAAAUUGGAUAGGAACGUGAUUACAGAGUAUGUUAUCGAUUUUAUGUUUGUAGACGAAUUUAAAGAAAAGAAUAAGAAGGCUCUCCAUCAGUAUAAAAAUGAUAGAUUUACGAAAUUGGAUCUAAUUAAUUGCGCAACAAAGGUUGAAACCCAUUCUACUAACAUCCAACAAACAUCCGAAAGAAAUGGACUAACUAAAAGUAAACCAACGCCGACGCCUAAUCAGGGUAAUGUACACACUGGAGCUACACCACCCUGGUUAUUGCCAUCUUCUACGUGCGAUCAACAAAAACAGGCGGCCAACUCGAAAGUAAAUAUAGGUCCAACUCGUCAGGAGUUCGACCGGUACCGAGUAGAUUUAGGCGUAUUAUUAAUGGAUUUGUGUAUAACCUUUAACUUUCUAGUGGCUUCGCUGAAAAGAAAACGUUUACCGAAAAAUCGACUAGGUGCUAACAAUGAAGAUGAAAUAGGGGCGGGAACACCCAAGAAUUGGCUACCAGCUACAGCCUCAAGUUGGGGUAAAGAGAGACGAGAACAUCGAAGGCAGAAAGCCAUGAAGAAAUUGGGUAAAAUAACUCCUAGUGCUCCUAAACAAACCUAUCAGCCUUAUAUAAGGAAAAAGUAUGUUAAUCAAUCUUCCUCAAGUUCUCUACUUCAUAUACCAAUUAGCACUAAAUUCUUAAGACAAUAA